AUUGCUUUUCAGUUUGCUUUUCAGCGCGUCUUCUGUUGUUUAAUUAUUUUGUGAUCCUCAAAAAGUACUAAAUAAGUGCGAAGAUGUCGUUCAAAAUCGAGCCAUUGCCCAACUCUUACGCCCACCUCGGUGAAGGUCCUCACUGGGACGUCGAGUCGCAGAGUCUCUACUACGUCGAUAUUGAAGCUGGCAAAAUAUUGCGCUACGACUACCAGGAGAACAAAGUGUACGGCAGCAAAGUCGAGGGUAUAGAUCUAGCCGGUUUCAUCGUCCCCGUCGCGGGUCAAAGUGACAAGUUUGUUGUCGGUGCCGGACGCAGUGUGGUAGUUGUCUCAUGGGAUGGUGUUUCCGAGACAAGCAAAGUAGAUCGCGUACUCUUUUCAGUGCAACCCGGUGACAAAUAUGUUAGGAACCGCUUCAACGAUGGCAAAGCCGAUCCACGUGGCCGCCUCUUUGCCGGCACUAUGAUUUAUGUGGGCGAUGAGUUCAAGGAGCGUUUCGGUGAAUUGUACAAAUAUGAAAAGGGUGGCAAAAUAUCGGUGGUGAAGACAGAUGUGGGCAUUUCCAAUGGCUUGGCUUGGAACGAGCAGACGAAGAAAAUGUACUACAUUGACACGGCCGACUACGAGGUGAAGGAGUACGAUUACGACUUUGAUGCCGGUGUACCAAGUAACCCAAAAGUUGUUUUCAAUUUGCGUAAAUCGAGCCCGAAGGACAACCUGUUGCCCGAUGGCUUGACCAUUGACAGCGAUGGAAAUCUCUAUGUGUGCACAUUCAACGGACACACCAUUUACAAGAUCAACCCAAGCACCGGCAUAGUUCUUCUGGAAAUUAAGUUCCCUACGAAGCAAAUCACUUCAGCCGCCUGGGGUGGUCCCAAUCUCGAUAUUUUGUAUGUGACGACAUCGGCUAAAUUCGACCAACCUGCACCGGCUGGCACCACUUACAAGAUUACUGGCUUAGGCGCGAAGGGUCUGCCAAUGGCCAAGGUUACACUUAUGUCGUUCAACAUCGAGCCAUUGCCCAACUCUUACGCCCACCUCGGUGAAGGUCCUCACUGGGACGUCGAGUCGCAGAGUCUCUACUACGUCGAUAUCGAAGCUGGCAAAAUAUUGCGCUACGACUACCAGGAGAACAAAGUGUACGGCAGCAAAGUCGAGGGUAUAGAUCUAGCCUCUUUCAUCGUGCCCGUCGCGGGUCAGAGUGACAAGUUUGUCGUCGGUGCCGGACGCAGUGUGGUAGUUGUCUCAUGGGACGGCGUUUCCGAGACAAGCAAAGUAGAUCGCGUACUCUUUUCAGUGCAACCCGGUGACAAAUAUGUUAGGAACCGCUUCAACGAUGGCAAAGCCGAUCCACGUGGCCGCCUCUUUGCCGGCACCAUGAUUUAUGUGGGCGAUGAGUUCAAGGAGCGUUUCGGUGAAUUGUACAAAUAUGAAAAGGGUGGCAAAGUAUCGGUGGUGAAGACGGAUGUGGGCAUUUCCAAUGGCUUGGCUUGGAACGAGCAGACGAAGAAAAUGUACUACAUUGACACGGCCGACUACGAGGUGAAGGAGUACGACUAUGACUUUGAUGCCGGUGUACCAAGUAACCCAAAAGUUGUUUUCAAUUUGCGUCAAUCGAACCCGAAGGACAACCUGUUGCCCGAUGGUUUGACCAUUGACAGCGAUGGAAAUCUCUAUGUGUGCACAUUCAACGGUCACACCAUUUACAAGAUCAACCCAAGCACCGGCAUAGUUCUUCUGGAAAUCAAGUUCCCCACCAAGCAAAUCACUUCAGCCGCCUGGGGUGGUCCCAAUCUCGAUAUUUUGUAUGUGACGACAUCGGCUAAAUUCGACCAACCUGCACCGGCUGGCACCACUUACAAGAUUACUGGCUUAGGUGCGAAGGGUCUGCCAAUGGCCAAGGUUACACUUUAAUUGUAUGCAAAUACAUAUAAACAUACAUAAAAGCUUGUAUGUAUGUGUGUGCUAGUGAGCUUGUCCAUACUAGAUUAUACUGUUAUUCGCUGGUUAAAUAAUAAAUUUUAAUCGAUUAAUACUUUUAAA